AUGGCUCGCGGGCCCCCUGGCAGCCUCGUCUGGCGCGCCCUGGCCGCGCUGCUGCUGCUCUUCACCGGGGCCCGGUCGCAGGAGACCGCAGGGUCGGAUGGGGCCCAGGAUGUGUCGGUGUCGUCGGCGGCGGGCCUCCAGGCCGCCCUGUGGCCGUCCGUGAACCGAACGGUGGAGAGCAUCACGGUGGAGAGGGACAUUGCCCUCGACCGCCUGUCGCUGCUGCCCACUCUGACCGUCCGGGGGGAACUGAGCAUUUGCGGCGCGGAUCAGGACGUGAGGCUGACGGCUGUUGAGGAGUUUGCGAUCCUGAAGCUGGACAGCAAGCUGACCCUCUGCGACAUGACGAUCGACCUCACGUUCGAGGAGCCCAGCCUUGAGACCGGGCUCGAGGACCUGUUGUUCGACCUGACACCGCGCGGCCGCCUGGACUACGAGGGCGUGGUGUUCCACGUGGGCCGGGGACUGUUCAACCGCAUGCGGACCAUGAUCGAGGACGCAUGGGCGGGGAGGAACGCCGGCCGGCGGCUGGACUUCCGUGGUAGCGUGGGCGCGACCACGCUCACGAUCGACUUCGGGGCGAUCGGCCAGGAGGUGGUAAUGCGCGACGUGCUGGUGCGGUUGGAGAGGACACCCGCGGACAUCCGGGCGCGCAAGGCGGUGGCCAACGGAGACGGGGGCUUCUCCACCGUGUUGGCGGCCGCCACCGAAACUGCAAUCCCCCUGGAGCUGACCCUGGAGGGCAGCUUCGCCGUCCCACCGUGCCUGCUGGAUGACUUGCAGUCCGGGGAUCGCCUGGCCGUGCGCCGGCCGCUGACCCUGACGCCCGACGGGGAUUCGUCGCCGCGGAUCGUCUUCGCGGACGGCGACGGCAUCUUCCAGGUGGACAGCCAGGUGCGGCUGGACGGCGUCAGCAUGGAGGACAGGGCCCAGACGAUCGAGCUGCUCGUCAACGGGACGGACGGGCCGGUCGAGUGCGAGGACGCGAUGGCGUGUUUGAAUGACGCCGCCAAUGCCACCGUCACUGUGGCCAUGGUCAGCCUUGCUGGCAUGGCGUUCGACCGGGAUGCGCCGGGGUGCCGGCUGGUUGCGCGGGACGCGACCAUCUACCAGUCGUGCGAGUUCGUGCAGGGCUUCUCGUGGGCGGCGCUGUACCAGAGGAACCAGGAGCUGGCGGGCGGCGAGAAGUUCUUCAGGCGGGGCGUGUGGGACAUGGAGGUGCUGGACAGGCAGAACAUCAUGUUCAAGCGCCUGGCGGGCUGGGGCCUGUGCCUGGAGAACACCAUCAUGACGUGCGAGGACGCGCCGGAGGCCGACAUGAUCGAGCCCAGUUGUGACGACUUUGACGACUAUGAGGAAGUUCUGGAGCCCGAGGAACCUGAAGAGCCUGAGGAACCUGAGGAGCCCGAGGAACCUGAGGAGCCCGAGGAACCUGAGGAGCCCGAGGAACCUGAGGAGCCUGAGGGUGAACCUCAAGAGGAGCCCGUGGAGGAGCCCGUGGAGGAGCCAGAAGAGCCAGAGACACUUGAGGAGCCCGUGGAGCCAGAAGACCCUGAGGACGAGCCUGAGGUUCAACCUGUGGAGCCUGAGGAGGAGCCAGUGGAACCUCAAGAGCCUGAGGAACCUGAGGAGCCUGAGGAGCCCGUGCAGUUUGUGGAGUCAGUGGAGCCAGAGGAGCCUGAUGAACCAGAAGAACCUGCAGAAGUGCCUGAGGAGCUGGCAGAGCCUGUGGAAGAGCCUGAGGAGCCAGAAGAACCCAUUGAGGAGCCAGAAGAACCUAUAGAAGAGCCCGAGGAGCCAGAAGAGCCCAUAGAGGAGCCAGAGGAGCCCAUCGAGGAGCCAGAGGAGCCCGUUGAGGAGCCAGAGGAGCCCGUUGAGGAGCCAGAGGAGCCCGAGGAGGAGCCAGAGGAGCCCGAGGGGAGGAGCCAGAGGGAGCUCCAGGAGGAGCCAGAGGAGCCCGGGAGGAGGAGCCAGAGGAGGAGCCGAGGAGCCUCAGAGUGGCCCGAGGAGCCCGUUGAGGAGCCCGAGGAGCCCGUUGAGGAGCCCGAGGAGCCCGUUGAGGAGCCCGAGGAGCCCGUUGAGGAGCCAGAGGAGCUCGUUGAGGAGCCAGAGGAGCCCGUUGAGGAGCCAGAGGAGCCCGUUGAGGAGCCAGAAGAGCCUGUAGAAGAACCAGAGGAGCCCGAAGAGGAACCAACUGAGGAGCCGGAAGAGCCUGUUGAAGAGCCUAUUGUGGAGCCCAUCGAUGAGGGACUCGUUACUGCAGCAGUGUCUCAGAGUGGAGACGGUGGAUCUUCGGGGGGUAUGAGUGCUGCAGGGGUUGUUUUGGUUGUCUUUGGGACCCUUGUGGCAGUUGCCUUGGGUGUCACUUACUUCUUCUGGAAUAGGAUAGUGGAUUGUGUGGUGGAGGCCAGGGAUAGGAAGCUCGACGACGUGGAGAUGGGCGGUUACAAGCGAAGUGCUACAGGGAAGUGGAAGGGCCUGACCGUGGCGAUCAAGACCAUGAUUUUUCAAGACACGAAGGACUCAGCCAACAGGCAAAGGCAGCGAGAGGUCUUUGAGGCGGUCAACAGUGUAACCCACAAGAAUAUCGUCCAGACAUAUGGGUACUACUUCAAGAAGCUCGAGUCACCAGAUGUGGCUGCCAAGCUGAAGUCCAGCAAGCAAGAGAAUCCACACAUCAUGGUGGACUGGAAGCUGUACAUAAUGCAGGAGUUCUGUGAGGGGGGCAGCCUGAGGGACUGCCUCGAAGAGCGGCUGCGACUGCUGGAUGCAGAAGGCCACCCAAGGCUGGAGAAUCUGUGCGAUAUUGGCCAAGGUGUGGCUGCUGGAAUGGACCACCUCCAUGCACGACACAACAUUGUCCAUGGCAACUUGUGCACAAACAACAUAUUGCUGAGGCGGGACCCCUCUGACAUACCCGGUUCACCAGGCAUGCCGAAGAUCGCCAACUUUGGGAUGAGCACCAAGAUGAAUGUGUUGCAGAGCCACGUUUCGAACCACUGCGUAGGCACACCGUUCUACACGGCCCCGGAGGUGUCCCAGCAUGGAGUUAUGUCCAAGAAGGCAGAUGUGUUCUCUUUUGGGGUGUUGCUGUGGGAGCUUUACCACUCAAAGAAGUGCUACCACAAGACUGAGAAGUCCGGACUGCAGUACGACCCCCUGUUCCCUAAGUUCCCCAUCACCUGCCCGGCCCCCUAUGCGAUGCUCUGCUUCGUGUGCAUUUCUCCGGACCCUCACAGCCGCCCUGACUUCAAUUUUGCAGCAAGGACGCUUGCUGCACUGCAGAAGCAGAUCAAACGUGGUGCAUUCUUCAACAUCCACGACGUGCGAGUCAGGAACAUGCAGCUGGCUGCCAGCCUGGGCAGGCUGACAGCGAGGACGAUGAUAGAUCUGAUCGCUGAACGCUCGGGCAUCCCUGUCAGGGAUCCAUCCAAAAGGAAGACCUCAUCUGUGGCAAGCAGUGAGUCAGAGUCUGCCCAAGGCUCUUCAAGCGCUCACGGCCUGCGCAACAUCGUUGGUGGACAGGACAGGGAGGAUGAAGACACAGAUUCUAUGGGAGGUUCAGGACACCUCAGGCGGCCGUCAGUGACUCCAUCGCACUGCAUGGUCGCAGUAUCUGUCGCCCAGGAACACAUUCCCAUUGCACCUGUGGGAGUCAACGAGGAGUGGGCAAUAUCGUGGCAGUGCAAAUCGGGUGGCAAGCUGCCUUGGCAACACGCUGCAUCAGAGGAUGGCGCAUCCCAGGAAGGGGCAGAGGACUCGACCAGUCAACGUUGGCCUUCCCCAGUAGCAGGGAAAGCGGCUCCUGUGAGCAGUGGGUCUGGCAAGGGCGCAAGCAGGUUCGCUCAUACGAAAAAAGGUGGAGGGUACGGGGCCCAGAUGGUUGAUUCGCAUCCAGGGAGCAUACACGCUGCUGAGGCUCAAGUUGAAUCCAAUGGGAGCUCCACUCCAGGCUAUGCACCAAUGCUGUAUACAGGGGACACAGAUAACAACAGCAGCACAAUCCAGUCCAGAAGGGGUUCAUGCUCCAGGAGCAGUGAGAUCCAGCGUGGUGCAGCAAGGCCAGCUCUUGAAAGGGCUUCUGGUGGCAGCCAGGCGAGCUGUGACGCACCGAAUGGACCUGUGGAUGUUGACCUGCAGUCGCCUUACUUUUUCCAGACGACGCUGAACGAUGAGGAGGUCAAUUCGCCCCCCGGGGUUGAUGUACAUUCUGGGCUGCUGACAGGAGUGCGGCAAUCGGAUGAAUACUCUCCACAGCAAUCAGGUGGACUUCGCUACAACUUUCCCAGCCUGUAUUGA